AUGUAUGUAACUACAGGUGCUAAUGAUAUAUUGCUAACCAUAAACGACUUUGUAAAUAAAGAGACGGCAUCUUAUCAGUUGACUGAUAUUAGUAACAAUACUUUAAUAAGUGAGAUUAUUGAAAAAAUAAAAGUACUAAAAAAAUAUACUUAUAGUUCUACAGAUUUAGUGUUAUAUUUUGCUAGAGUAGAAUGUAAACUAAAUGAGAAAUUAUCAACAUAUAAUAAAUCGAAUAGAAAAACUAUAAAAUUAGAAUUAUACUUAUCAAAAUUAAUAACAAUUAAUGUACGUACUUUACAAUCAUGUGGAUCAGGAACAAGUCGAUGUAUUCCUUUCUGGUCUUUUUGUUUUAGACAAAAUAUUAAAAUUAAAAUUAUUGACACAUGUGAAGUUAGGGUUCUAAAACAAAGAAUUUAUAACCUCACGGAUGAAUCAAUAUCAAUUCCAGUUGAAAAUAUUGUCCUACUAUAUAAAGGAGCACCCCUAAAUAAUUUCUUAACUCUUAAAGAAUCCGAAUUAGUAGAUAAUUGUCGUAUAGAUUAUUUCGUACCUCUCUGUUAUAUUUACAAAGAAAAAAAAGAAGAAACUGAUGAAGAUGAAGAAAAAGUAGAUGAUAAUAAAAAAACGGAGGAAGGAAAAGAAGACACACAACAAAAUGGAAAUGUAAAUAAUGAAAAUGUAAAUAAUGAAAAUGUAAAUAAUGAUAAUAUAAAUAAUGAAAAUAUAAAUAAUGAUAAUGUAAAUAAUGAUAAUAUAAAUAAUGAUAAUAUAAAUAAUGAAAAUAUAAAUAAUGAUAAUGCACAAAAUAAUAAUGCACAAAAUAAUAAUGCACAAAAUAAUAAUGCACAAAAUAAUAAUGUACAAAAUAAUAAUGUACAAAAUAAUAAUGUUAAAAAUAAUGUUCCAAUGGGAAAAGUUAUGAAUAAACGUGUAGUUAGUAGUAAGGCACAAUCAAAUAAAUAUUCACCACAAAAUAGACAAACAAGAAAUUUCAAAUAA